AUGGAAUACUUCGACCUCGACCUCCCGUCUACCUCUCAAAGCUCCAAUUCAGGUUCUACUCUCGCCCCCACCGACGUCCAAGACCAGGGCACGCAAGGUGGUGCACUCCCACCUGGGGCUGCAGGGGCUGUUUCUAUAACCUCUGUGCACACGCCGCUGGACCACCCCAACGCCCCCACCGUGUCAACAGUGUUUCAUCCCAUGCUAUUGUUCGACGGACUAGCCCCCAACUUCAUCCUCCUCACCACAGACGGCGUUCACUUCUACGUCCACACCCACCACAUCAUCGCCGUCUCCAUGGACAGGAUGGGUAUGCUCCUCCCAAGCAACGUUGUCAACAUCAUGCUCCACAUCAUCUACGGCAUACAAUGCCUGCAAUACGCCCCAAACCUCGAGACGACCGAGACCGCGCUCGAGGCUCUCCACCUCCAAUACGGCGUUUCCAUUCAGGUGCACGCCGCGCCCCAUCUCCCUCUCUACCAGCUCAUCCUCUCCUACGCCCCGUUCUGCCCACUCGAGGCGUACACCGUUGCAGCGCACUACGCGCUCGAGGAGCUCGCCAUUGCAACCUCAAACCACCUGCUCGCCUACGACCUGUCGGAGGUGUCCGACGAUGCCGCUCGGAAGAUGGGUCCGAUCUAUCUCAAACGGCUGUUCAUCCUCCACCAAUCGCGCCUCGCCGCUCUCCACGACAUCCUCUUCCGUCCUCCUCGCGAACACGAGCCUGCUGUCGGGUGCAGCGGGGAGCAGAGGCAGCAGCUGACGGGUGACUGGAUAAUGACCGUAGAGCAACUGGUGUGGCAAGCUUCGCCCAGCACGUCGACGGAUACGCUGCGCUCGCUGCUGGAGCCGAUUGGGGCAGCCAUCACCUGUGCGCAAUGUGCGGUGAUGUUGCAGGGAAGAGUGCAGGGGGUCGUGAACGAGUGGUCCGCCGUGAAGGGAACCAUCUAG